CAUUUCAAAUUCAAACAACAACGGCGUCCGGACUCGAACAACUAUUCUAUGUUUCUUCACCACUCUCAACCUCAACCAUUCCCCAAACAAACCCCAUUUCUCUGUCUCCCGCAGCCGGUUUGAAAUGACCCACCACCCAUCUUUCUCAAAAUUCAUUAAACUCUGAACUCUGUGUUCCUCUGAGACGAUAACCCGUUCUGAUUUCUCUCUCUCUGUGGAGCGAUGACCUGUUCCAAGAAACACCUUAAUGAUCUCAAGCAUCACCGGAGCUGCAGCGACGGAGACCGUGUCGCUCUGGGCGUUCUUCUGCGCCGGAACGCCAUCGCCGCCUCCAGCAACAAGCAGAAUUUCAUCCCCAAGAUGAAACAGAAUGUUGCCUCCCACGACAAAGAAAACACAGUGCCCAACAAUGGUUCCUCUGCCGCCGCGCCCAAACAAUUCCUGGACAUGAGAUCUUCGUCCACCGGCGGGGUCCUGAAGCCUUCUUCGCUCCAGCUGUGCAUGCAACUCAACGAGCUCAAUUCGAAUUUUGGGUCCCAAAUGAAAGAACCCACCAGUUCGGAAGACAAGAAUUCUGUCAAUGUUUGGGACUACUCUGAUUCUGAUGCUGCACCUGCCUCCUCUUGGUCCACAUUGCCUAACAGGUCCUUGCUGUGCAGGCCUUUGCCUCUGGAUGUGGGGAAGUGUACCUGUGUGAUCGUGAAGGAAGAACCCCCAGAUGGAUUGGGGGGUACUCUCUAUUCACUUUAUACCAAUGAGGGUAAAGGACGGCAAGAUAGGAAACUAGCAGUGGCUCAUCACAGAUGGCGUAAUGGAAAAUCUGAGUUCACUGUGGCUCAGAAUACCAAAGGGAUAAUAGGUUGUUCAGAUGAUAGUUUUAUUGGGACAGUGACUGCUAACUUCUUCGGAUCAAAAUACCAUAUUUGGGAUCAGGGUAGCCGUCUCAACUCCAUGACCAAACAGUCCAAAUUACUUCUAGCUGCUGUAACAUUCAUGCCUACCAUAGCCACCUGCACGGGAAGUUAUAGAGGCAUAAGGGCUUGGAUACCCAAGCACCAUUCCAUGCAGCUAAAGAACACAACUCAAAUAAAACAUAUUAUUGGGCUACCCAAUGACUCUAAAGGUAGAAUGGGAAAAGUCCAUCAGCUGUUCUCAAGGGUUCCAAGUUACAAUCGUGUUUCAAAGCAGUAUGAGUUGGAUUUCAGAGAUAGGGGCAGAGGGCUCAAAGUCAAAAGAUCAGUAAAAAAUUUCCAGAUGACUUUGGAGGAGAAUGGAAGGCAGACAAUCUUGCAGCUUGGAAGGGUAGGAAAAUCAAAGUACGUGAUGGAUUACAGGCAUCCUUUAACAGGCUAUCAAGCAUUCUGCUUAUGUUUGGCUUCUAUUGAUUCAAAGCUUUGCUGCACAGUGUAGCUAAAAUCAUUUGCCGUUCUACUUUUGUUCAUUCAGCAGGUGAUUAAGUUUUUGAAUUGUCUUCGCUUCCAUUCAAACCUUUGUUGCAGUGUAACCAAAGGAAUGCAACUAUCAUUGUCGAAACGUGUCCAGUCAGAACAUGAAAGAUGAAUACAAGUUUUAAUAUGCCCUUGGUUUUUGUUAAAU